AUGGCGGGGCGAAAGACUGCGCGGGACGCAUCAUCAGACGACGGGGCCGACGUGACACAGCCGCCAGUUGUCCCGCUUACCACCACACUCCUCUCGUCGAGAAUUCGGCGUGAGCUGCAGAACACGUGGAAUGCGGCGCGAACGACACAUGAGGCAGGACGAAGAGGGGACGGAAACAGCGUGGAUGGGGACAACGCGGUGGAGGUGCCUGCCUUCAAGGUGGGGACGCUUGAGAUGUACCGCCGUUUCCCGCGGCAGUAUGAUCUUAUCAUGCGCCGCCACGACUGCAGUGCGGUGCAAGACUAUCUUGACGGCCUCUUGACAACCCUGCAGCGGUCCACAACGGCGGCGACAGCAGAAACAGAAGCAGUAAAGUCUGCAACAGAAGGGGAAGGAGAAGGGACUCGAGAGGAGCACACAUCUGUUUCGGAAAAGGCGCGGGUAUUGCACGUGGCAGACUUCGGCUGCGGCACGGGGCGAAUUGCAAGUAUGGUGAGCCGUCACCCUUCUGUUGGCGCGGUGUACUGCUACGACAGCGAGACGGCGAUGUUGCGGCAGUGCGUCUGCAACGUUGUGCGGUCUGUCGCCGUGGCGCGGCCUGACACGUGCGGUGUGCGUCUCCUUCCUGCUGCCGACUCGGCUAAUAACAACAACGAUAAUGAUGAUGAUGAUGAUGAUGCCGCGGCCAAAGCUGUAGAUGACGGCGCUGUGUACAUUGGCGAUGAGCGCGGCGCCAACCCGGCGGGUGGUGUGGUGCGGCUGUGCGCUCGCCCCGCCAGCUUCACCGACGUGCAGCGCGGGUUUCUCGCCGCGCAC